UAUGGCGGCGUGCAUGUUAUAGACAAGUUUCCUUCUGUCGGAAAGCAGGGGGAGUUGGGAAUUUCCUUUUGACACGAUGCUGCUGGUCAAAUAACUAUUAUUGUAAAUAAUAUAACCAGGUCAUCAUGGAUGAACGUCAUUGGUGGAUAGCUGGUAAAAUCCAGGAAACUUUUAAGAUCGGCGGCUAUGACAAUCCGACGCUGUUGGAGGAUUUUAUGACGGAGGAGGGAACGCUCACUAAAAUAAACCGUUUCCUUAAAUCAAGCGGUCCAUGUCGCCUAUUCUUUUAUUCAGAAAAACCGGAGAAUGCAACCUUGUCAUCAAGAGAACUGUAUGUCACUGGAACACUAGCUGCGUUAAAAGAUGUGAAUUUAGAUAAUGUAAACAUUCUUUACUUUCUCCGAAACCGUGUAGACAAAGAUGUUGAUGGUCAUCGGAUGGAAAGAGAUGUGUUCUGUGGGGAACUCAAACACAACACGAUUGAAACGCUCACAGCGUUGCUUUCAGAUGUUUACCUACCACUCAUUAAGGCACAGAAAGAAUGGGGAGAAUGCAACAAUGAAUGCCAAACUAAUCUUACACAUAGCAUGGACAAAUUUUUGACAGCUUUAAAUGAAUCAACUGCUUCUAUGCAAACUUCAAAACAGUUGAUGCUGAAGCAACCGGAAAAUAUUAUUUUGAAUGACUUCAAACAACAAAGAGCAGCUGCCCUAGAUCCUCAAUUAAUUAGUCAAUAUGAGGAACUUGUGAAUGAUUGGAUGAAUACUAUCGAGACAACACUAAAUGAUACUUCUGAUGAAAGAUUUUUGGACCCUAAUGCAGGACCUCUGUCAGAGUUGGAACGGUGGCGGCGCCGUCAGCGGCUCCUUACCAACAUCACAGAGCAGCUGAAGAGUAAAGAAUGCAAGGCUGUGAUUGGGGUUCUCAUCACAGUCAAAUCCAGGCUUCUCAAGAAGUGGAAGAACAUUGACGCAUCAAUCACUGAUGCUAUGAAUGACACCAAGGAUAAAGUGAAAUAUCUGGAGUCUUUGCGGCGCCAUUUUGACCAGUUGUAUCAUGACGCUACACCUGCAUCCAUCAUCAACAAUGCCAUCCCUGGUAUCACCAACAGUGUGAGGCAGAUGGAUUCCAUCUCACGCUAUUACGCUCGUGUUGGCUUCUUAGGCCUCAUGUUCACCAAGAUCACCAAUCAGCUGGUGCUGGCGUGUAAAGAGUACAUAAAGAACUGUACUAUGACUGUGUAUGAUGGUGAUGAACUGUGGGAGCGUAUUGGUGAGGAGAUUCGCAGUCGGGACUCUCUACCUAGCAUGGACACACAGCACAAAUAUCUCAAGAAUCAAGUAGAGGCCAACCUCAAGAACGCACCCUCUCGAGGAAAGAGUAAAGAGGGCAAGGACCUAGGCCUGCAGGAUGACAGCCUGUUUGGGCGCCUGAGGGCAUGCCUUACCUUGCAGGGAUACUAUCGUGAGAUGCUUAGGUCCCUUAAGGACGCCCUGGGACAGAGCCAGAACCUGUCCCACUUCCCGUCCCUCAGUAGUGUGGGAGGACCAGGUAGUUUUACUGGCACAGGUGCCAAGUCAAAGCAGGGUACCAGUGGGGCAUCACGAGGGACCAGUGUGUCCCCUAAGAAGGGCCAGUCAAUCAUGAUAGCAGACACCCAAGGACACGGGGUGUCCAUUGCUGAUGAAGAAGCCAUCAUGUCCCACAUGGAUUCCUUCUGUAACCGAAUCCGUCAGCUCAUGGACGUUAUCAACACUCUGGCCCAGUACAACAAAAUGGUGCACUCAACGACAGGAAUUCCUCGCCUGAGGAAGGAGGAUCUGGUCAAUGAGGAUGAGAAUGAGAAGGACAUUUACAAGUAUCGUAAACGCCAGCAGGAGGCACUCAAGGCCGUCAUGGUAUAUGAAGAUGAAGAGGUAGAAGGAGGUCUGACUUCGGUGCAGGUUACCUCCCCUGAGCGGAGUCUUCGUGCGAUUGCGGAGGAUGAAGAGAACCAAGAUGACCAAGGGUCAGAUCCUGAGGACAUGGCCAUAGAGAAGAAAGAGGUCCCCCCAGAUCCGACAGAUGAUGUUUUUGAAACAGUCAACGGCAAACAGGGUCUCAGCGAUGAGGAGAUAGCCAUCAUAAGGAAGUACUUUCCUGAAGAGGAAGAGGAGGAGGGGCCUAGUAUCUCGUACACUGUAGCUCAGCACCAUGACAGCAUGAUGAAGGCUAUGAGUGAAAAUGUCACUACCAAGACCAUGCUUGAUGUAGAAUCAAAGGACAGAGACAAGUUUGAUGACUACUAUGCCAACUUUGCCACGACCGUACAAGAACUAGAAACGUUCAUGGCUGCCUAUCUCCACGCUAUGUUCCUUAGAAAGAAGAUGAAGACAACUCAAGGAUUGGACAUAAUAACCAGAUUCGGUCCAAUCCAAAGUCGGCCGGGAAUUCGAGCUCACAUAGCAGAAAAGUUUGUAGAGAUCUUUAACUGGUACGAAACUGACCUUGAGGAGGUUCAUAACAUCUACGAAACACACAAGGAGAACCCUCAGAUGGUGAGGAACGCUCCUCCUGUAGCAGGGGCAAUUCACUGGUCCAGACAGCUUCUCAAGAGAAUUGAGGACCCCAUGAAGAUAUUCCGUGAUAACAGAGCCAUCAACCAGCUGGGAGACUUUGGUCGUAUUGUCAGGAUUUACAACCGACUGGCCACAGCCCUGGUGACCUUUGAGAGUCUAUGGUUCACUCAGUGGAAGAACAGGAUAGAACAGGCGCGCAGUGGUCUGAGGGCUACUCUGUUUGUACACCACCCCUCUACCGACCAGAUUGUCGUCAAUGCUGAUGAAAGAGUUUUAGAGCUGAUACAUGAAGCUAAGUGGCUGACCCGUCUGGGUAUCCAGAUCCCAGAAUCAGCUGUGUCCAUUAUGCAGCAGGAGUCACGUUUCAAGAACUACAAAUCUCACCUGGAGCUUGUGCUGAAUGAGUACCGUGAAGUCUGCGAGUCAAUCCCUGAACCCCUCAUCAAGCUGUUCACUCCACACAUGGAAUUCGUGGAGCAGCAGCUUCAGGCUGGCCUCACAACCUUGGCAUGGAACAGCAUGAACAUAGAUGCAUUCCUGCACCAGAUUCACUCGGCCACCCAGAAGCUGAAGGGAAUGCAACAAAAGGUUCACCAGAUAAUGGAACAAGAUAUCUACGAUAAACUGGACAGUAUCAGGAACUUCUACCUCUUUGAUUAUGAGGAGGCCAUCUCAAGGUCAUGGCCUCCCCUUGAGUUUCGAGACAAGAUGUUACAGAGCAUCCAGUCGCGGUCAGAGAUCCUAGGGCAGUAUGUUGAGUCGGUGUUGUCUAGUCUGCAGAGAAUAGCUAAUACACUGGCUACCAAGAAGACGUACACAUUUACUUCUAUCCAUACCAUGGCUGUUGCAAAAGGUGUCGCUACCAAGAUCAAGCAUAAAAGCAUGGCUCAAUCAGAGAAACGUCCACUGAGCACCACAAGUUUCCAAGGGUCUGACAAUCCCAGCAAGUCUAAAAAAAUGGCUAUCAUGAUGGAUGAAAUGGAAGCCAUGAGGGAACGACAAAAGAUCGAAGAGGAAGAAAACAACAUAGCUGAACUCAUUGCCCACUACCGAGAUUAUGUGUACAAGGCAGUUCUGCAGGCCACCUGUAAGUCCCUGGCCACGCUCGGAGAGAGUACGGGGUGUGACAGUGAGGUCAUUCGGGCAGUCAGUGCAAUGUCAAUGGGGUCAUCACCUCGGGAUAGCCCCAGUCCCCGAUCACCGACUCGGAUCAGUCGCGAACAGUCCGCACACAGCUGUUUGUCAUCUGCGGCCACAGAUCGGCCGUUGACCAGUAUGUCCAUGUUGUCCAAUAUGACAUGGACCACAGAGAGGACUGAUGCAACCACACUACUACAGUUUGAAGUGGAGGUCCACUUCAUGAUCCCAAAUAUUAUUGUGGAACCAACUUUGGACAUUGCCCAGACUGCUAUACAGGAUGUUGCUAACGCAGUCCUCGAGGCCAACAGAAAUGUAUCAUGGAUUGGACCACAGGGACUAGAGAACUUCUACUCUCUCAUAGCAGAUGAUGAAAACGUUGUUGAGAUGACAUCACAGUUGUCUAAUAUUAUCAAUGAGAUUGAUACAGUGGUGAACAAACACCUGUUCCACUUUAGUUACUACAACUUCCUGUGGAAGGAUGACCUCCAUGGAAAUUUCAAGGAGUUCAUCUCAGCUGAUCCUGGAAUGUUUGCCAUCAAACGGGAGGUGGAGAGAUUCCUCUACAUAGAGAAGAAGGUUUUAGGGAUCCCUAAGAUGUUACCCGUGGGGCCGAUCUCUCUCCACACCGACCCCAUCAAGGAUGCCCUGCAUGGAUUUGCUAUGGCGUGGAAGAUCAAGUUUGCUUCUGUGUUACAUGAGGAAGCUAAGAAAAAACUGGAUGCUGCAGUGUUGUACAGGUCUAAUGUCCGUAAUCGGCUGGAGCUGCAUGUCCAGUCCCUUGACCAGUUAAAUAGUGCCCUGCAUCUACUAGAGGAGCUUUGGGACAUGGAAAAUAAGAUUGAUAGUAUUUACCUGCCUAUAGAGACCCUGUAUGCUAAGCUCAGGGAGUUUGAGCUUCGCCUUCCAAGGAACGAGGUAGAGGAGGUAGACCAGCUACGAGACAAAUGGCAGGAGCUGAUAGAACUGGCCGAGCAGGUCCGUGAGAUCCUCCUCAAGGAGCGCAGAGGAGCUUUCGAACAGGAACUAGACAAACAAGUCAAGACUUUUGUGGUAGAGGUGAUCCAGUUCAGGAAUGCAUUUGACGCCCAGGGUCCAGCUGUUCCAGGGAUACCCCCAGCCGAGGCUGUUUCCCGGCUACAGGACUUUCAACAGAAGUAUCUGUUGUAUGACUCUAAGCGUAACACCCUGGAAUCUGUGUCUAAGCUGUUUGGGAUAGCUUGUAAACCGUUCUCUGAGCUAGAUAAGACAGGCGAAGAGUUGGACUUACUUAGUCAGUUAUAUGGACUGUUCCAGAAAUUCUUACGAUUUGAUGCAAGGUUCAAGGAUACUCUUUGGGCAGAGGUUGAUCUUGAAGCCUUCUUCAGAGAAGUUGAAGGGUACUGGGAUGAGUGUCUAGCCCUACCAAGUAAGCUUAAGGACUGGGAUGCCUACCAUGAUCUCAAGACAUCCCUACAGACAUAUUUGGAGGUGUUUCCCCUCCUCCACAGCCUCAACGCUAAGGGAAGUGACUGGUUUGAGAUCCCAGAAAUUCGGAACCGCCACUGGCUUGAAGUGAUGAGGGUGACCGGCAGCUCCUUCCAGUUAGAGGCCAAUGUUUUCAAACUGCUCCAUCUGCUGGACAUCGGCCUCAUCAAACACAAGUUGGAGAUUGAAGAGAUCUGUAGAGGAGCCAGUCGAGAGUUAGAACUGGAGAUAAAGAUGCGAGUGACAGAGGAGGAGUGGAAUGAACAGGUACUCACAUUUGAACAUUACAAGAAGCGAGGGCCUAUGUACCUGGACAAGGUGUCUACAGAACGUUUAUUGGAACAGCUGGAGGAUGCCCAGGCUUUACUCGCCAACAUGUUAACGUCACGUUACAUUGGUCCACUAAGGGAUGAAGCUGCAGGCUGGGCAGAAAAACUGAAAACUGUGGCGGAGGUAUUGGAACAGUGGCUUGAAGUUCAGGACGUGUGGCAGUACCUGGAGGCAGUGUUCAGUAACUCCAUUGCAGCUAAGGAAUUACCCCAAGAGGCCAAAAGGUUUGCCAGAACAGACAAGAGCUGGACAAAACUGAUGAAGAGAGACUUUGAAACUAGGAAUGUUUUACAGUGUUGCUAUGGUGGCGAGGUGCCUAAAGCUGUCCUCCUCAAGAACAUCCAUGAGGAGUUGGAGAUCUGUUUUAAAUCAUUGAUGGGCUACCUUGACAACAAGAGGCGGGCCUUCCCUAGAUUUUACUAUGUGUCAGACCCCAUCCUCCUGGCCAUCAUGAGCCGUCCAAAUGACCUUGAGUCUGUUCGGCCUCACCUCAAGUCUUUAUUCAGCAGCAUCCAUGAUGUACGACUGGAAGAGGCAAACACACUAGAUGAACCAACAGAUGAGGUUGGUUUUGGCCAAUCACGUACAGGGGUGCGUACCCCCACAGGGUCAAGGGUGCGGACAUCUUCUGCACUCUCACCAAACAACAAUGCACCACACAAGAUAGACAAACGACUGACAGAGAUUUAUCAACGAGUACAACAAAAAAUGGCCAAAAAAGAAACUAGUCAAUCCAUUCUCAAAACGAGAGGCAAAAAAAACGUAACUUCUAAGAGUAGUAUGAACCCCAGUACCAUAGCCCAUGCCCCAGCAUUCAUGCCGUCAGAGGGAAUUGUAGAGGACAGCGUGUUCAGGGAUGCGGUAGCUGUUAGCAGUGCCGAGGGCGAGCUUGUUUUAUUGCAGGACAAGGUGUUCCUCACCGACGGAGUGGAGGUGUGGUUACAAAAACUGAGGGAGUCUGUCGCCAAGACAAUCAAAGAUCUUAACAUCAACAUCAUACACGACUGUAACAAUGGAGUGGCCAUGGACGAGUGGCCGUCUAAGUACCCAGCACAGGUGUGUCGUAUGGGCAUGCUGUACUACUGGACGCGCGAGUGUGACCAGGGUAUCGCGGAAAUCAAGUACGAUCGCAAGGCUCUCCAGGGUACUCUAAAGAAAUACAUUGCUUCAGGGUCCAAACUGCAGACUGUGUUGUCCCGAGGGGCCUGGCGCACCAUUGAGGAGCCCAUGUUGCCCCUCCACAAGGCCCGCCUAGAGUGUAUGAUAUCGCAAUUCCUUUACCUUAGAGAUAUUUUGGAUAACAUGUGUACAAGAAAACUACGUGAGCCGACAGACUUUGAAUGGCGUCGCAGCAUCAGGUGUUAUUUCCACCCUGUUGCCUCCGACACGCCCACACCACGAGAAUCUGUCACUGGGGAUGACAGUGGCCUGGAUGAUUUGGCCAUACAGGACCGCCAGGAGCCCAUGAUCUGGAUCCUGGACAACCCAUACAUAUAUGGUAAUGAGUUCUAUGGGACCAAUGCUGGGGCGGCCCUGACCCCCGUCACAGAGCGCUGCUUCCUGACAAUGUCGCAGGCCCUCAAUAACUACCAGGGCAGCUGUGUGUCUGGUCCUGUCGGUGUCGGCAAGACAGAGACAGUCAAGGGUUUGGCUAACACUCUUGGUCAGUUCCUGAGUAUGGUCCAGUGCUGUCCUGAGUUUGACCCAACUGCCUUGGCAAGGUCAAUACAAGGAACUGCUAUGGAUGGUUGUUGGUGCUGUUUUGAUGAAGCUCAGAGUCUCCACCGUAAGGCGCUGUCAGUCCUGUUUGACCAUGUUGAGGCUGUAUUGGUCGCUAUGAAGGCCAGACACUCCUAUGCCACUCUGGCCGAUGGUCAAGAAAUUUCAGUUAAGAAGAGUUGUGCAAUGCAUAUGACAAUCAAUAGGGACGACCCUAGAUGUAAUCUACCUGUGGAGGUCCGGGCACUCUUCCGCACCGUAUCUCUGAUCAAGCCCGACUUCAGUCUCAUUCUCAAGGCCAAGUGUGCCUCCAUGGGUUUCCGUGCUCCAACAGUGCUGGGUGCUAGACUGAAAUCUGUAUCAGAGCUUGCCAAGGACCAACUAUCUGAGCACUUCCACCACUUGUUUGGUAUCGCCACAUGGACGGGUGUUCUGAAGAGAGCACUACAAAAACGAAAAUAUGUCAGGGAUGAGAAAACCCAGGAUCGUAUAGAAUCAAAGACCAAGGACGAGACAUCACGGUCAGAAAGUCAAGCUUCAGAGGCGCCUACCAAGUUAGCUGGUCUACAGAACGUUGCUUCAAGCAAUGUAAAGAUAUCGUCAGUGAGCAGGAAAACUGGCACACCCAACCCUAUGACUGCUGCUGGUAAACUAGAACAUGCUCUGGUGGCCCAGACGAUCCUAGAGGUCAUCUCCCCCAGACUGACAGGCAGGGAUGUGAAGCUGUUUAAGGCGGUAUUGGAUGAUGUGUUUGCUGGCCUGCCGGAGCCUCCCUCUAAUCUGUCCCAGAUACAGUCAGCCAAGUCACGGGGGGCGGACAUUGACGUGUCCCUGAAACACAAGGUAGCUGACAAGGGCCUGGUGGCUCACGACCCAUGGAUGACCAAGUGUAAACAACUGUUCAACAUCUCUCAGGUCCACAAUGGUGUAAUCGUAGCGGGACCCCCGGGCAGUGGUAAGAGUACCUGUAUCCAGACCCUGGUGGACUCUCUAUCCAUCUCUGGGCGUGGCACAUCUCGUCAGUCCCAGGGCAGUAGGGCCACCAAUCCAGCAGAGUCCAUGCACAAACUCAUCAAGAUCAACCCGAUGGUGGUUGAUGACGAAGCACUCAUGUUCGGCUCCCUUAACCAGAAUCACGACUGGAUAGACGGCAUCUUUACAAAUGCUGUCCGGAAGGCUAAUAGGAACCUGAGUACCACAUGGCUGUGUCUAGAUGGGCCUCUCAACCAGGGCUGGGCAGACAAUUUCAACAGUAUCCUCAGCGGAGACAAGGUAUUACACCUAAAGAAUGGAGACAAGCUAUUUUUGUCGGACAAUAUCAUCCUGAUAUUUGAGACAGACAGUCUGGAUGAUGCCUCCCCCGCCACCAUUGCUAGAUCUGGUAUAGUGUACCUGGACAAAGACGUCCUGGGAUGGAAACCUUUGGCUGAUGCCUGGAUAGAGAGUAGAACUCCACAAGAGAUACAUGAAAAGGUACCCACCACCCCAGUACCUGUUGAUUCAGAUAUAGAACCACUUGAAGAUCUAGACCCACCCAUCACAACAGUCGAAGGGGUUCUACAAAGGGCCUUCCAGAAAACACUUGACCCUAUUGCCCAGUUUGUUUUACAAGAAGCCAAACCAAGCCUGAAGCUGUCCUUAGUGGGAAUGUUCAAGACAUGUCUAGGUCUGCUAUCAGCCAUGUUGGCAGACAACAUAGAAAUCGGAGGGGAGCUCCAUAUUGAGCGACUCUACCUGUUCUGUCUCAUCUGGACAUUUGGUGGGCUCCUCAACCCCGCUGACAGGAAGGGUUUCAGUGACCUCCUUAAAACCCUGUCCACUGCGUUGCCUGAUGAUGACCGGGACAUCUGUGUGUUUGACUACUAUGUAGAUGAGUCUGGAGAAUGGGACCCAUGGACAUCCAGGGUACAGGAGGUGAUUUAUACAGAUAACCAGGAUAUGUUAGGAGAAGUGUUCAUGGAUUCCGUCGACACUUUCCGCACAAAGAUUUUGAUGGAGUUUGCCUCAGCCUCUGGCCUAAAUGUCCUGUUGGUGGGAGCCAAUGGGUCAGGCAAGACCAGUCUUAUUGAAAGGUUUAUGGAUAUUCAAGACCCACAGGUGUCAGUAUGUAAGAGGCUGGUGUUCUCUGGUGCUUCAUCUGCCAAACAGUUCCAGCACUUCAUCGAGGCUAACAUCCACCACAGACAAGGGUUUGUUUAUGGAGCCAAGGAGAGCAAGAAGCUGAAGGUGUUCAUUGACGACGUAAACUUACCUGUACCAGACAGCCAUAAGGUACAACGGUGCAAUGAGCUCCUGAGACAGUUACUGGAUGACAAGGUCCUGUGCACGCUACAGAAGCCUUUUGAGUGGAAGACUGUCGAGGAUCUGAGCAUUAUUUCGGCCAUGUCUAUGAGUGACCACCCCAGUGUCAGCACACGCAAGCUGUCCAAUAGACUGCUGAGACACUUUGCUGUGUUUAACCUUGCCACACCAUCAGAUGAGGGCCUAAAGAACAUUGUACAUGGUAUUUUGGAAGUUAACAUGACAGAUGGGGACUGCCAGGGACUUGAGAUCGACCUCCACAACAACCUCGUCAAGGCAUCGUGUGAGAUUCUGAAGGCUGUACAGAGUGUGCUCAGGCCUGCCCCCAUGUAUGGCAGACGACACUAUCUCUUCUCUCUGAAGGACAUCACUGUUUGUUUCCAGAACCUGAAGCGUUUACCAGAGGAGAGUCUGGCUGAUGAGACUAUGGUACCGGUCGUGUCUCUAUGGCGACACGAGAUGCAGAGGAUUAUAAAGGACAGAAUUAGCCGUACAGCAGAUCUCAACUGGUUUGACAGUCUUCUCCAGGAAACCAUAGAAAGUACCUGGCCUGACUUUAAGGAACCACUGAUUGAAAAUUUUGUGACAUUCCCCACAGAUGCCAGGAUGUACCAAAGACCGGUCACUUCAGUUGGAGCUAAAAACAUCAAGAUUGUUCUACAGCCUAUAGACCAGCUACGUGAUGUCCACAGUUGUCUGAACACACACCUCACACGCUACAAUGAGGAGUUUGGUAACAUCCCCCUCAACAUCAUGCUGUCUGACUUCAUCAUCGCCCACAUCAUCAGGAUGCACAGGGUUCUCAGCUUCCACCAUGGUGGUAACAUGCUGUUGAUUGGAGCAGUGGGUUCUCACUUGGCUACCUUGUGUAAGCUUGCCCUACACGUGGCUGAUGUUCCCAUACACAAGGUGGACACCAGUAAGCAAAGUAACUUCUUUGAUGGACUGCGUUCAGCAGUGCGACUCUGUGGGUCAGAGGGCAAGAUCCUUUCCCUCAUGUUCACGGCACGUGACUUGGAGGACCCCGUGUAUCUGGACGCCAUCAACAGUCUGCUUAUUAGUGGGGAGUACCCACACCUCUUCUCUAAUGAUGAGCUUGAGGGACUCCUACAGGCUAUUGGUCCUGCCAUGAAGAGGGAGUUCCCCAACAUGUCUGUUGAUCCAAUGAAGUUUUUCGUAGCGAGAGUGAAAAGCAACCUCCAUUUCUUAAUGUGCUUACAACCUGGACACACCCUGCUCAGCAUUGCUGCUAGUCAGUACCCAGGUCUGCUCAGCGGCUGUGCCAUCAACUGGAUGUGUGACUGGCCCCAGGUGGCGCUGCUAGGCGAGGCUUCCUAUUUCAUCACUAGGCACCAGCUUACAGAGGAAUUCGAGGACCUCAGACCUAGACCCGAUUGGCUUGAAAAUGUGACGGUGUGCCUAGCCAACAUUCACAGCUUCGUGCUGCGUGACUGUCGCCAGCUGCCCUGGGCCGGAGACAUGACAGGGGAGGUAACCAUGAACCAGCUAAAGAUACAUGAAAAGAAGAAGGAACAGAUUAAGACCCAGUCCAUCACAGUGCCCAACCACCCAUACUCCAAACUCAUCAUGCUGGAGCGUAUCAAAAACAGGAGGAGGAUGCGAACUGAGGAUCAAAGUUUAACAAGCCUGAAUAACCACCGGUGUGAGGUGGUGAAGGCUAAAAACGAGGUGUACAUAGGCCCCACUACCUACCGACGCUUCAUGGAGUGCUUCAAGUACCUCUACAACGAGAAGGCCAAGGAAAGGACAAGCACUGUUGACCAGCUCAAGAAAGUGAUAUCAACCAUGGAUCAGACCAGAACUGAUGCUAAGGUGAUGAAGAAGGCCAUUAAGUCUAUCAUGGGAAAGUUUGACGACGCCAAGAAAAACACGGCAGACUUAAUGCAUAAACUGACCCACAAGGCGACCAAUCUGGAGAAGUUGAAGGCCAAGGUUGGUCUGAGCACGUCCCUGGACGCCUACCUCCACCUCACCGAAAUGGAGACGGAGGAAGAGGAGGAAGAUGAGCUCCUCCAGCCAGAGGAUUAUGAUGACUAUGACAAAGAGUUUGACAAGAUGAGGGAGGCCAACCUAAAGACAAGACAGGUGGCUGCCAAAGAGGAGCAUGUAGUAGCACUAAAAUAUGUGGAGGAGUGUCGCCAGAACCUGGAGUACGCUCGCCAGCAGGUGUUACACUGGAAGUCCAGGGUUGACCGACAAUGUAUAGAGCGACUGAAGGGUUUCAGUACCCCUCCAGUGCUGGUGGGCUCCGUCAUGGAGAUGGUCAUGACCCUAAUUGGGAAACGCCUGCCAUCUCAGCGUCUCCAAGAGUCACGGGACUAUCACGGGAAGGAUGACCUGUCUAGUCGUAUGUCAUCCAGCUCCAGUAGUACCAAGGUCAUCUCAAAGAAAGAUGGUCCCAGAUCAGCUAAGAAAGACGGUGACCGGUUUGACCGGGCCCAGUGGAAGGCCAUGACACUGACCAUGAUGGACACCACCAAGUUUGUGGACAUGAUGCACAACGUUCCCUGGGAGGAUGGUCUCUCGGGCGAUGUUCUCAGAGCUGUGGAAAGCUACCUGUCGACAGGCAAAGAUGGCCAGUUAGGUGUGACAGGGGAAGGAACUCUCCUCGACCAUGCUCAAGAUUUGUCAUUCCGUGCCCAGAAAAGAACUCCCUCCCCAGACGGUUCCAAGGGUAUCACCAUUUCUGCAGCCAAGUAUGCCAGUGAAGAUUGUGCCACUCUGGUCCAGUACACUAUCGCCAUUGUAGAGUACACUCGUCUGUGUGGUCCACUUAAAACCUCCUUGGAGCGCCUCAAUGAACUACAAAGGGAGAUUGAGGAAAAUGAACGCAUACAGCGGGAACGUGAAGAAGAGCAACGAAUGAAAAAGAAGCUUGCCAAGCCCCAGGAGGAGGAGAAGGCCCCUACUCCUGAGCCCGAAGAAGAGUAUACAGAGGAUGACCUGUCCCGCCUCCAGGGGGAAGUCUCCGCCCUUCAGCAGGUGUUUGACCAAUCAGUCGUACAGAAACAUAGUUUGGAGAUGGAACUCAAUUCCAUGAAUGAACGGCUCAAGGCUGCCACUGAAAUGGUUGAGAGCCUGAAGUCCCAGGAGCAGUCUUGGAGGAAACAUGUGAAGGAGAAUGACUGUAAUGAAUUGUUGCUAGGCAAUUGCAUGGCAGCAGCAGCUUUCCUAACUUACUGUGGUCCAGCUAACCUAGAUACCAGGAAAAGAAUGGGAGAAUUUUUCAUGCAAGUCUGUGAACAUCACAAGCUACCAUUACCUAGAAGACGACUUUUCAGAAAUCUGGAAUUGGUCGAGUUCCUUAACAGACGACUGGACAUCAUGAACCUGGAGAUAGAAAGAUUACCAAUCACAAGUCUCAUGCUGGAGAAUGCCUGCUUCCUGAUGCAGGAGGAGAGUACCACUGCCUGGCCUCUCAUCUGUGACCCGACAUCAAGGGUCAUUGACUGGCUGCAGUUCUACAAACGGUCAAAGGGCCUCGUGUGUGUCAGAUACAGUGAGAUGCGUUCCCAGUUUGAGAACUGCCUGGCUGAUGGCAGUCCUCUGCUGGUCACCGACUGUGAUGUUAUACAACUCUCCAAAGACAAGCGAUUCAGAGACGCCAUACAGAGGUGUAAUCGCUUCAUCAACGAGAAGAGCCGCUUCAAAAUAUUUGUUGAGGACCAUGAGGUGGAGUGUGACCCCAAGUUCCGCCUGUACCUACACACUACAUUGGAGCCCCACAACGUGCCAUCACACCUGGCCGCCUACUGCUCCAUCAUGUUCUUCCAGCAGUCCCGACUCUGUAUUGAGGAGGAGCUUCUCGACCGCUUCCUUGCCAAAGAGAAGAGUAGGCUGGAGGAUGAACGAACUGCUCUCAGACAAGAGAAGAAGGAGAACAUCGUAUUGUUAGAGAAACUGGAGAAGCAGAUGAAGGACAAUCUCUCCAGCGAUGUCCGUUUGAUGAAUGACCUCCAGGCCACCAAGAAACUCGCUGAACUAAAGAAACAGUAUGACGAGACAGUGGAGAGCCAUAGCAGAGUGGAGUCUGCCGAAAACUCUAUUCUAAAGAACCGUGAGUUACACCGCCCCAUCGCCCAGCGAGCAGCUGUUUGCUUUGAUGUGUGUCAGUAUAUGCGGGAGGUGAACAGAUUGUACCAGAUGUCUUACACACAGUUUCUGUCAUUGUACGAUACUGCCAUCAGCCACUCAGAUAGAACGGUGCCCAAGGUUGUGAUAGAGAAAGUCACCAGCAGUGCCUAUACUACCACAGCCCGCGGACUACUGGAGCGGGACAGGAGCAUCUUUGCUCUACUACUUGCCAUAGAGGUUGAAGAUUCGUUAAAGAAAAUUGGCCGUGGCGAGCGUGAGUUCCUCAUCUCUCCUAACUACAGUAUGGUGGUGAUGACAACCUUAGGGUUGGGUCAGUCACCAGAUAGCAAGAUUGUACAGGCCAAAAAGCCUUUUGAUUGGAUGACAGAGGAACAGUUCCACAACCUGCAGAUCCUAGCCAUGUACUUUGAGUGGUUCCAGGAAAUGUUUGAUCGCAUGCCGAAGGACGGCAGAGAGACCCAGUGGCGUACUCUGUGUGAGAGUGACCUCCCAGAAAAUGUAGCCCUGCCAGACAAGAUGGAUGACCAUUACGAACAGAUGCAGCGUCUAUGUGUGAUUCGGGCAGUGAGGAGUGACCGUCUCAUGCAGGCCUCUACAAAUUUUAUCACCAAUGUGCUUGGGAAGAGUUACACACACCUCCCUAAAGACUGUGAGUCCUGGUACUAUGGAGACAUUGGCAUAGACCUGACCAGCAUGCUGCGACAGAGCACGCCUACCAUCCCUCUGAUCCUGCUGUACUCGGUGGAGGUGGAACAUGUCACCAAACUGUUCCAUGACUUCUCCAACAGGAAGCAAGCCAAGACCCUGUCCCUCACCAUCAACGAUGACACGUCUGCCAUAGAGAGGACUGCCAAGCGUCUCAUCCAUAAGGGCAUGCAGGAGGGAAUGUGGGUACUUCUUCAUAAUGCUCAUAACUCCCCACAUCUGAUGAACAACCUGGAGGCAAUCUUGUUGGAGGAGACCAACCCCGAUUCAACCUUCCGUCUCUGGAUCACAUCCAAGGUGGACACUACUGCCUUACCUCUCCGACUGCUGCAGAACUCCAUCAAGGCCGUCAUAGACACACCCAAGGUGAUGAAAGACAGCCUGAUUCGGUCGUUCUCAUCGUUUGAGUCAGAUAUCCUGAAGCAGUCGUCGCGGCCAGAGUGGCCACUCAUGUUACACAACCUGUCUUACCUCCACGCAGCUCUACAGCUAAGGGCACGGUACGGACAGGGUGGCUGGAACAACGGCCAAGACUUCCUCAACAUAGGCAUCAACGAAAUACAGGAAGCCCUCAGCUUCAUGAUCACAGAGUUCAAGGAACCUCUGACAUGUGUGGCACCUGACGGAUCUCAGACACCUCGGUCUACUUCCUGGACAGGAAUACGAUACAUGUUCUCCGAGAUUAUCUACGGGAGCUACAUCACCGAUGACUACGACAGAAACAGUAUGAGUUCUGUGGUAGACUACUGGAUCUCGCCCAAUGCCAUAAAGAAAGAUUUUGAUGUGGCAAAGUUGAAGUACCGCCAUCCUCCUGGCUUCUUCAACACAAACCCACGCCUCAACAACCUGAUCCAGGCACUGGAUGGCAUCAACAACCACUUCCUCGAUGUACCAGAGGGCUGCCACCUACACCAUAGCAACAUAGAGAAUCAGCACCAAAUUCAAAUGUUGCAACGAGAUAUAUUGGCUCCUGACAACAACAUGACACUACUGGGUGAUGAGCAGUAUGUUUUUACCCGUCUAAACAAAGUGUUUGAUGCCAUGCCCUCCACAGAAACACUGUCACACAAACUUUUCCCCAAACCACCAACUCCAUUCCAUGGUCCAGCCAAGGCAGAGAUCAGUAAGUACAGUAACAACCCGGCCGUGUUUACCCAGGGCACCUUCGCCACUGCCACGUACUCUGUCCUCAAGCGUACCAAGGAGAUUGAGCUGUGGGAGGUCUGUCACACUCUCCUCACCAAGAUGCCCAAAUCCUACAACAGGGAUUUCCUAUUGGACCGUGUGAGGAAGAUGGCUGACUUUCCAUCCUUCAACACCUUCAUCAUGAAGGAAUUUGAUCAGAUGAUCCUCCUCAUUACUGAGAUCAGGACAACACUACAGACCAUUAAGAAUGCAUGCGAGACAAACGUUCUGGGGGACAUGAUGUCUGACCACAUCCUGUCUGCGGCUGAUGAUCUGUUCUAUGGCCGUACGCCUCAGACCUGGUGCCGUAUGGCCGGCAGCUCAGCUCCUCCCAUGAAUUUCGCGGUUGGCAACUGGUUUAAUGAUCUUGGCAACAGAUGUCUACAUUUUGAAAGAAUACUCAGUCAGGGACGAGACAAGAUGCCCUGCUACUGGUUGGGAGCCUUUUUCAACCCACGUGGACUCCUUGCCCUACUUAAACAGGACUACAUCCGGCACUACUGCGGGGACCGGUCCGGAAACUUUGAACAGUUUGUGUUCCAGACAGAGGUCACCACUAGGGAUAAGGAACAUUUGCGAGACCCUCCUCCAGAAGGGAUGUUUGUGUACGGCAUCCACAUGUGGGGCUGUGCUUGGGAGAAGACCACAAUGGAGCUCCAGGACACGCCUCCAAGGAGUGGCUUCUCCAGUUUGCCUGUCGUCCAUGUCAACUGUUACCCCAUCAAUGAGAAGCCCCUCCUCCAGGACCCUGUCAAGGCUGCUGAGGUGUACCAGUGUCCAGUCUAUGCCUCACGUCUCAGCAAGCGUGAACCCAUCAUGGAGAUGGACUUUAAACGGGAGGGUUACCCUGCUACACGCUGGGCUCUAAGGGGACUGUCCUGUACCAUCAGGAAUUACUGAAGGAGCCUAGAUGUGUUUUCAUGUCACAGUAUUUAGGAUUCAAACGUUGGUUGUUUCCCCAAUAUUAAGUUUCUACCAGAGCAUGCUGGCCCCUCCAUUGGGAGUUCAAGGUUUCAAAAUGAAAACAAUCGGUACAUGUAUAAGGAAACUUAAAUGCCGUUGUAAUAUAUUCAGGGCAUUGUAAAUCUUAAGUGUUAAAAUUGUGAUCCAUCGUCUCAAGGACCAUUUUACUGAAUUGGAAAUGAUGAACAAUCCUUGUUUAAGAAUAUAUUUUCACUACUUGACCACUUAAGGUAGUGUUAUGUUGCAGAAUACAUAAAUCUAGUUAAUCUGCUUUAUACAUAUGACCAAAACUAUGUCGUUUGUGUUAGUUUUUGUAUAUCCAAAGUUCACCUUAUUUCUUUAGCCAAAGUUCAGUUUGUUGGUAAGGAAGAUUUGUGGUAGGAACCCGUUGUAGAAAAUGUUGUCAAAACAGUUAGAUCCUUGUCUUCACCCCAGUUUUUAUAUAUAUAUAUAUUAGUUUUGCAGAGUUGCCAAAUAAAUUGGAUCAGAGCUUGUAUAACCCACGGUACAUGGAGGUGCCUUACAGCAGAAAGUGUCAAAUCUUCAUCUUGUGCAUACAAUGUGCAAGUCUGUGAUAUGUGUACAUAUAAUUAAAUAUAGAAGGUCCAGAUUUUUGUAUAGAAACUUAAGAAGUGAGAGUGCUCUCAUUACAUUCAUUUGUUCAAAUUAUCGUGUUUCCACAAAUAUUUAUUAGCACUUUCGUUGUGUGUUUAUUGAAAACAAUCAGUAUUCUGUUACAGCAAUACCCAUGUAUAUAAGAGUGACCUAUAUGACAUUCCAUCCUUCACUAUGGUAUUAAUAUCAUUCCCUUCCAUACUCCAUAUUUAUUCAUUCCCUUUGUGUAGAAUUAUGUAUAAAUAUUGAUUUGAAUGUCAAAGGUUGUAUUUAUAUAUUUAUGUUUCAAUACAUUCCAGUGGAUUAAUUUUAUCAAAAGAGAAGAUGGAAUGCUGCGGUACCUUGAAAAUUGUUUCCAAUGUCUAUUAUGUAUUAUGCAAACUUUCAACUUCUGAAGCGUAAUGAAUGUACUGUUUAUAUAGGGUUGAUGUUGUUUUGUAUUAGAAACGGUAUUGUUAUAUAUAUAAUAAUUAUGAUGGCAUACUGCUGAUAAACAUUGCCCUAGACAUGAAUCUUGGUCUGUCCUGUAUAUGCGUUGUCACUUGACAUAAUUUUUAGAUUACGUUUUAUCACUGUUGAAAUAAGAUGUAUGAAGACAUUACAAUUUGUCCUAUAUAUUUACUGCUGAGGACUGUAUUUUUGUACAGUUUUAAUGUUUGUCCGUCCUAAUUGUUUAAAAUGUUUUUCUAUUAUUGGAGACUUUUGAAGUAUUUUAUAUAUUUCAACCAAACAAUAAAC